CACUCAUUCUAGUUUAGCAUUUACUGCCAGGAAGACACUUCUUUCAUAUUUUUGUAAUUGUUCUGGCGGAGUCAGGUGACAACUGUGUGGACUAUUUCGUUGGCGUAGGAAUUGUUGUGCGCGGAAGAAUAAGUGGCGGCAGUGCGGGGACAUACAGGAGCUCAACAGCGCGGACGGAGAAGUGUUUAGACGCGAGAGAGAGAGUCUACAGUUUGUUGUGUAUACUGUGAUCACACCAACCUUCAAAAAUGGUCGAGGGUGGAAUGAAAUGCAUCAAAUUCUUACUGUUCGCCUUCAAUCUUAUUUUUGUGAUUGCUGCAAUUGCAAUCAUUGCUGUUGGUGCAUACGUCCAGAUCAAGCUGACAGAAUAUUAUGACUUCUUUGGCAAUCAGUAUGCAGGGCCAGGUAUACUGCUUAUUGUUGUGGGGGUCUUCAUCUUCAUCAUUGCCUUUUUCGGAUGCAUGGGGGCCAUCAAGGAGAACUAUUGCCUUGUCAUGACUUUUGCUGUUUUGCUGGCUCUUAUCUUUAUCCUGAUGAUUGCUGGUGGCAUUGCAGGAUUUGUUCUCCGAAAUGAUAUUGAAGACAAAGUUGUCGACGUUUUGAAAAAUGAAGUGACCAACUAUAACAAGAAUCCAGGUGUUACAGAUGCAUGGAAUGUGCUGCAGCAAGAGUUCCAGUGCUGUGGUGUAACAAACAGCUCUGACUGGAAGCAGGCUUCGGACCUGAACACUACAUACCCAUGGUCAUGCUGCAUGGAUUCUGAAGCUUGUAAAACUAAGCAAAAUAUUACAUAUGAUGACAUCUACAAACAGGCAUGUGAGUCAGCUUUCAUUGGCUGGAUGAAGGAUAAAGUGGCAAUCAUUGGAGGAGUGGGUAUUGGCCUGGCAUUUGUUAUGGUGGUUGGAGUACUUUUUGCCUGCUGUCUGGCCCGUGCAAUCCGCAAGGAGUAUGAAGUAGUUUAAAUCUUAGCAUCUUCAAAGUCAAGUUGUGGGUUUUAACAGAAAAGUGAUGUAAACAGCCAAUAAACUGUUGACAAGUGGGCAAGGAUUUCGGGGGACGGGCAGGGGGUUAAUGUGUUGGAGACAAAAUGGACUCCUACUGAAAUUUGAUUGACUAUAUUAUGUAUUAUUUUGAAAUACAUUCUGUGGUGUUUCCAUUAUUUCAGCUCGUCUGUUUCCAGCUAAAACACAAAACUGUCUUGCUUGAGAUGAAAAAAUAUGUAUAAUACAGUGCCAAUACAGCAGAGUGCUGCAAAAAAGCAGCAUUAGUGAGGACUGGUUACUAUAAAUGUUACAUCCCCAUUGCUGUUUGUUGUUGUCUUUUCGUCAUAACACCUUUUUUUCUGUACACAGCCACACUCCUAUAGAAUUAUUGAAUCAAUCUUUUUUUUUCUCAACAUAAAAUUGAGGGGUAUCUCAUGUAUAGCCAGUGUACUUGAAAAGUUAGACAUUGGAAAUUAAACAGUUUUGAUAAGAUUGAAGUUUUUCUUAUGGAGUGGAGAGUUGAAAACUUUAAAACAAAAUUUAUGACAAUUUAAUAAAACAGAUCUGUGUAUUGUUUUAGAAGAAUUCUAAAACAUGAGAGUCCCCGAGUCCUUUUCUUUAAAAAUUUGAGUGCUAAAGAGUCAAUUUCUUAUAAAAUUUUCUGAGGGUUUUUUGCUUUUUGGGAUGCAGAGAUACUGUGCAUAUUUGCAGAGCAGCUUCAGUCCCAUUCUAAAACAACAAAUUUAAAACAGAAAUUUAAGCACCAGUUUCCUGCUGUAGCAUACAUUUCCCCCCUUAAUUUUUCUGUGAUGUGAGGGAAUUUUCAGGGAACUAUUUCAGAAAUGGACAUAUAUAAUUUUUCUUUUCGUACUUUGUUUAUGAAAAGUUCAGAAAAAUGCCAUCUGUUUUCCUCUUUAGAGGAAAACUCCACCCACAAAUUAUUUUUCUCUGCAUGCUUGUAGAUAGCGUUUUAUUCCCAGACCAGUAUCUAAAUCUUUUCCAUGUUGUUUCUGUGAACUUUACUUAUUCCCAUUUUUAGCUAAAUAGCAAGAUUCAUUUUUAAAAAAUGCUCAAAGAUCGAAAUUUCAAGGGAUCUUCAGAAUAGUGUGCCUAAAUAGAAAUGAAGUAAUUUUUUUGAUGGUGUGAUGCUAAAAGUCCAAGGAUUUUGCUAAGAGGGAUCUAUUUUUUUGUAUAUUUUUGUAUAUAGCUUAAAUUAGACCUAACUCAAAAGAUGAUAAUGAGCAGUGGUUAAGUUUAUAACUGGUAACGGAUCAUCCAAAGAUAUUUUUUUUUGGUCGCAUCGCAUACAACUAGGUAAGGAUGGUGGGAAAGAAGGGUGCGCCACAUACCUUUCAGAUCUUACCUAUUGAUUGUACUUUAUUCUGGAAACACUUUUGAUACUUAUUGUUUCAUAUUGUUGAAAAAAAUCUUUAUAAUUGUUGAUAGAUGGAACAGUUUUGAUGUUUGUGUCGUGUUCUGUCAGUAUUUGUGCAGUUGGAAUGGCAGGAAAUGCCUGUUCAGAUUGCACUUCUGUAGACAUUGUUGAUUCUGUCUUCAUUAAAUUUGUUCUGGGAUUAUAAA